GGGCCAUACCGAAUUUACUUUCCCUUCAAAAAUGUGCUGUACAAUCCAAUAAUCUCACAGCUCAAAAAUGCCGAAACGCCGACUCUCCGACUCAGACGUCGAAGAAACCUCCGAGAACUCCAGCGCAGAGUCGGAGGACGCGGGAAAACCCAUCAAUGGCGGGAAAAACCCAGCGGGAGCAGUGUCGGAGUACGAGAAGCGGAGGCUGUCGAGAAUUGCAGAGAACAGGGCGAGAAUGGAGGCUCUGGGUCUGCCUAAAAUCGCUUCUUCUUUAAUGGGUUCGGGCCCGAAUGCGAAGAAGAAGAAGGGGCAGAAGAAGGGGAAAGCCAAGGUCUUGGAGGACGACGAGGACUAUAGGCCUGACGAAGACCAGGAAGGACCCAGUUCGUCUGGUAGCCGAGAGGAAGAAGCCAUGGAGGAGGACGAUGACGAUGAUUUUGUGACUGUAAAAACAAAAUCUGGUUCGCGGGGAAAAAAGAAUAAAAGUUCAAAAUCUAAGAAGGUUCUUUCCCGAAGCACUUUGAGUAACGAUGACUGCAUCGAUGAUGAUGAAGCGUUGAAGCAUGCAAUUUCUCUUUCAUUACAAGGUUCUCAUGUGAAAAAUGCUAAUGUUACGGGAAGAAAGGGAAACCCUCAGAUACAGGAAGAUACAGGAAGGAGGAAGAGGAAAAAUUCGUUUGCUAGUCGGCUCCAGAUGACAGAGGAUGAGUUGAUUUUGCACUUCUUUCAGUUUGAUGAGAAAUGUGACGGGGGAAUCUCUAUAGCAGAUAUUCAAAGAUUAGCAACUACCCAUGAUUUGUGGAAUAAGGAGGAGUUGGCGGACAUGAUUCACUGUUUUGAUAGUGAUGGAGAUGGAAAGUUGAGUCUGGAGGAGUUUCGAAAGAUUGUCGUUCGUUGCAACAUGAUCAAAGAGCCCGAGCAGUCUUGAUGAGUUUACACCGAUUCUAAACCAAACAACGUGUUUUAAUUUGCAAAGAACUACAAGUUACAUAUUAUCUUUGAAGAUUGAAAGCAGAUGCGAGAUGUUUGUUAAACUCCGUCGAUGAUAAUAGCUUGCGAUCAGUUCAUUUUUCA